AUGGCUUCUUCCAUCUCUUUGUCUAAAAUCAUCCUUUCCGCCAUUCUUAUGCUCAUCAUCUCUGAAAAAAUCACACCCCAGGAAACCACAUAUCGCUACCACAAAUGCACAGUAAACUCAUCAACUUGCAGUAGCACUUCCAAUAUUGCCUUCUCAACAAACCUCAAUCAAACUCUCUCUUCACUAAUCUCAAACGCCACCCUCAGCAAUGGAUUUUACAACACCAGCACCGGCGGCCUGCUGGACGGCUCCGAUAAAGCCUAUGGUCUCUUUCUUUGCAGAGGAGACAUCGCUCCUGAUUUAUGCCAAAGUUGUGUCAAGGCCGCUAGUGAAAAUAUGAUAACCCUUUGUCCAGAAGAGAAGGAAGCAAUUAUAUGGUAUGAUGAGUGCAUGUUAAGGUACUCAAACAGGACGAUUUUCGCCGACAUUGAAGAGAAUCCUGGUUAUUGUAUGGAGAACAUGAACGAUGUUUCGAAUGUGAGUCAGUUUAAUGAGAGUUUGGAUGGGUUGAUGAAUAGUUUGAUCAAAGAGGCUGUGGGUUCUAGCAAAUUUUUUGCCACAGUAGAUGUGAAUUUCACAACUUUUACUAGGCUAUAUGGUCUGGCGCAAUGCACUCCUGACAUUGUUUCAUCUGACUGCAACAUUUGCUUGGAUGACUGUGUUAGUGAGAUUUCUGAUUGCUGUAAUGGGAAGGAAGGAGGUAGAGUAUACAGGCCUGGUUGCAAUAUCAGGUUUGAAAUUUAUCCUUUUUACUCUCAGCCACCUCCACCUCCACCUCCACCUCCACCUCCACCUCCGCCUCCACCUCCACCUCUACCACCAGUAGCUGGUGAUGAAAUUUCAAUGGUGGAAUUUUUACAAUUAGAUUUGCAUACCAUUGAAGCUGCCACACACAAUUUCUCUGAUGGAAACAAGAUUGGCGAGGGUGGAUUUGGCAGCGUGUACAAGGGUACACUUCAUAAUGGACAGGAAGUAGCUAUUAAAAGGCUAUCAAGAGGCUCAGGCCAAGGUUUGCAAGAAUUUAGGAAUGAGGUUGCGUUGGUAGCCAAACUUCAACACAGUAAGUUAGUGAGGAUAUUAGGGUUUUGUGCGGAAGAAGGGGAGAAAAUACUCGUCUAUGAAUUUGUGCCCAACAAAAGCCUUGACUACUUCCUUUUUGAUCCUGAAAAACAAGUACUUUUGAAUUGGCCAACGCGUUGCAAGAUUAUAGAAGGAAUUGCUCGAGGACUUCUAUAUCUUCAUGAAGAUUCUAGAUUUAGAAUUAUACAUCGUGAUCUUAAAGCUAGUAAUGUCUUAUUGGACGAGGACAUGGAGCCAAAGAUAGCAGAUUUUGGCAUAGCAAGGAUUUGUGGGAUGGAUCAAAGUCGAGGAAGUACUAGCAAAAUUGUUGGAACAUAUGGCUAUAUGUCUCCAGAGUACGUGUUGCACGGACAAUUCUCGAUUAAGUCUGAUGUGUACAGCUUUGGAGUUUUAGUACUAGAAAUCAUAAGCGGUAAAAAGAACAAUUGUUUCUAUCAAUCAGCUUAUGCUGAGGGCCUCUUGAGCUAUGCUUGGAGACUUUGGAGGGAAGGAACACCAUUAAAGCUAAUGGAUCAAACUUUAGGUAAUGUGUUUCUGCGAGAUGAGGUCACUCGAUGCAUCCAUAUCGGAUUAUUGUGCGUUCAGGAAGAUCCAAUAGAUAGACCUAUAAUGGCAACAGUAUUGCUUAUGCUUAAUAGUUUCUCUACUGCAUUGCCGUUACCGAAACGACCAGCAUUUUCUGUUCAUAGAACGACAGAGCAAAGGAUGCCGAAAACGAGCCCAAAUUCAAUUCAAUAUUUAGGCAAACCUAUGCCUUCAUAUGUGAAUGACGAGCCCAUCACUGAACUCUACCCUCGUUAGCUCAAGGAAUUGCAAACUUUCAAUAGUAUUUAUCAUUCCAUAUGCAUAAGGCUUGUUUAUAAUUUAUGAAAAACAAAUUAAUCAAAUUUGUUUUUGGU